CGCCUCCCCCACGGCCCGCGAGCGCCCGCGGCGAAGAUGGCAGAGGAGCGGCGCUGAGCUCCGCGCCGCCGCCGCCGCCUCCUCCGCCGGGGGAGGGCGGUUAUCCCCGCCCGUCUCCCCGUUCCCCCCCCCCCCGCCCCAUUCCGUCCGUUAAUGGAGGCCGGCUCCUCCGCGGCGGCGUGUGUGAUGGUGCGGGCAUGGCAGGGCAGCCGGCGGCGCUGCUGCCGCUGAGGCGGGGGGCGGCUGGUCCCGGCCCCGGCGGCGGCAGCGGCCAGCGGGGGCUGCCUCCCUCUGCCGCCUCCCCCCGCCCCGGCCGGCGCUGAGGGAAGGAGGGAGCGCCGCGCCUCGCCUCGCCUCGCCUCGCCGUGCCGCCCGCCUCGCCCCUCGGCUCGGCUCGGCUCGGCUCGCCGCCAUGCUGCCCGGGGUCGGGGUGUUCGGCACCGGCCUGACGGCGCGGGUGAUCGUGCCGCUGCUGAAGGCGGAGGGUUUCGCCGUGAAGGCGCUGUGGGGCCGCACGCCCGAGGAGGCGGAGGAGCUGGCCAAGGAGAUGAGCGUCCCUUUCUACACCAGCCGCAUCGACGAGGUGCUGCUGCACCAGGACGUCGACUUGGUCUGCGUCAACUUGCCGCCGCCGCUCACCCGGCAGGUCGCCGUCAAGACCCUGGGCAUUGGAAAAAACGUCAUCUGUGACCGAACAGCAACUCCCCUGGAUGCCUUUAGGAUGAUGACAGCAGCUCAUUAUUACCCAAAGCUCAUGAGCAUCAUGGGGAACGUUUUGCGCUUCCUGCCCGCUUUCGUGAAGAUGAAGCAGCUGAUCCAGGAGGGUUACGUAGGGGAGCUGCUGGUGUGUGAGGUGCAGGUUCACAGCGGAAGCCUGCUAGGCAAGAAGUACAACUGGAGCUGUGAUGACCUGAUGGGAGGCGGGGGCUUGCACUCAGUUGGCACCUACAUCAUCGACCUCCUGACCUUCCUCACCAGCCAGAAGGCUGUGAAAGUGCACGGGUUGCUCAAGACCUUUGUGAAGCAGACAGACCACAUCAAGGGGAUACGGCAGAUCACCAGCGACGACUUCUGUACGUUUCAGAUGGUCCUGGAAGGUGGCGUGUGCUGCACAGUGACACUCAACUUCAACGUCCCGGGGGAGUUCAAACAAGACAUUAUCGUGGUGGGUUCAGCAGGACGGCUGAUUGUAAUAGGCACUGAUCUCUAUGGACAGAGUAACAGCUCUCCUCAGCGGGAGCUCCUGCUAAAGGACUCCACGCCGGUGAGCAACUCCUUACUUCCAGAGAAGGCCUUCAGUGACAUCCCAUCCCCCUACCUCCGAGGCACCAUUAAGAUGGUUCAAGCUGUCCGGCAGGCAUUUGAGGACCAGGACGACAGGAGGACCUGGGACGGGAGGCCCCUCACAAUGGCUGCCACUUUUGACGACUGUCUGUAUGCUCUGUGUGUGGUGGACACCAUUAAAAAGUCAAACCAGUUGGGGGAGUGGCAGAACAUUUCAAUCAUGACUGAGGAGCCAGAACUGAGCCCAGCAUACUUAAUCAGCGAAGCCAUGCGGAAGAGCAGGAUGUCUCUGUACUGCUAGCUCCUCUCAGCUCCUAAGAAAGAAUAGGAAUCAGACAGCUCUUGAAGGAAAUGGUAAUUGAGCCCCUGUGAAGGGCUUGGGCAUCUUAGAAACAGCUGAGGAUAUGGGAGAAGGAAAUAUGGUGUUUGGAUCAACUAAAUCUGUUGGUGGCUAAAUGCCAAAGUGGUAACGUCCUUAGAAAUGCCCAAAAUAGAUAGGAGACUUAAGAGCUGACAUAACUGUUUUAAUAACAGUAUUAGCUGGCUGAUUGGAAAGAUAUAUCAUGGACUCAUCUCCUGCUUGCAGGUGCUUUAGAUUAUCCAAUUGUGUUUACUGUGAAGGUUGGGAAGAUCCUUUUAGAUUUUCCUUACCUAUCAGAGGGCUGUGAAGGUACUGUCAUGUCAUUAAAUUUUAUGUAGUGUCUGACAUGAAUGGUUCCUACCAUGACAGCUGACACCACCGUGCUGUAUUACUACACCUCUAACCAACACACAGAAUAUAGGACUUGUUGUGGAAGUGUCGCGUGAUACGGAAAAUCUCGGCAGCUCACUUUUCAUAUAGCUUGUUAGGAGCUUCUCUGUGUUGGUUUAGCUAGUUGGUUUUUGUUUUGUUUUAUUUAAAGCACAAUUAAGUAGGAAAAUGUGUGGCUUUUAAAAGAAAGCAGUCCUCAACCACAGUGAAUAUACCCUGGUAUUGGGGGAGGGAGGGUCUUCUGUGAGCUCCCGGUAAGCUUCAGUGUUCACUGCACAGGUUUGCUAAUUGCAAUGGGUUGUGCGAAACCUUCGUGGAUGGCAAGUGGCGUGAUGCAAUAGUGAUAAUGGGUUUUAUUAUACAUCUGAACUCAGGCUAGCCUUAUGAAGGUUUACACACAGUUUCCUGUGUCUGGGACUGACUUUUGAGUGAAUUCAUUGCGCAUUUUAGUUUUAGGUGGAAAACAGUAGAAAUACAACCUGAAACCGCAUGAUGCUUAGACGGGUGGUAUUCUUUUAAACCUUUGUGAGCUCACACUUGAAAGAUGCUCACCAUCAACUAAUUUCAUAUAGCUCAACCCAGAAGCUUUCACCUCUGCGGAGUGGUGAGCAUGAGUGAAAAACAAAAGGGAUGAGAAAAUUUCCCGUCCAUUUCCUGGGGGGGGGGAAUUACGUAAGACCCCCACCUCUCCACCUCCUUAAAGUGGCCAGCUACUGGUACUGUAGUAGUAAUUCCCUGUCAUUGGCGCAGGGGAGGACAAACUCGUUUGAUAUGUUUGUCCUGUUCUUCUUUUAAAUAUUUUAGAUUGCAGUCUUGAAAUAAUAUAUUCUUUGGAGAAUAUGUUCUCAAAAGAAUAUAGUGAAAGGCACAUGAAAUAUCCCAGUAAACAGGGAUACCGCUUUUCUGCAUAAAGCUGCUCCAGUGCUCAUGUGUUUACAGUGCUAAGUCCUAGGACUACAGUGCUAGGGCAGAUACGAAAAAAAAAAAGAACACAAGCAUAUAGCACUAAAUUAUAUUAAACUUGAGAAAAACCUUUUCAGGUUUUUUUGUUAAUUUUGACGAGGGGAAAGGAGAGAACAUUUGGAUGAGCAGUAAAUUAAAAGAGAAAAUAUGACCCUCUUUCUCAAGGCCAUCAGAUUAGUGUUGCCAUUUUAGGUUUGAAAGAGAACCGUCAGAAUAAUUUUGUUUUUAAAAAAACACUUACAGUUUUGUUAUUUUUAGGAGCACUAAGGGCUUCUGUAGAGGCUUCUCCUGCAAAUGACUCCAUAUGAUUGAUGUAUGCUCCUGCCUGUCCCAUGCCCAGUUUUAGAGCUUCAUGUUAUUGAACAGGAGGGCAUUGAUAAUGUGUUUCAUCUCAUCUGCCUUUAGUCAGCUGAAAGUUGGGUAUCUUGUCCUGGUCAGCUGUGCAAGGACACAGUAGUCAAUACAGAGAGCUCUCCAAAGGCUGACUCAGUUCAUCCUAAGAUUCAUGCAGAAGGAGGUGCCCACUGGAAAUUCCUGUCCUCCUUUGCAGAGAAUCUUGGCUUCUGAAUUUUUAGGUGGCUAAAGUUAGGAAACGUGAGUCCCACCCCAAAAUUAGUAAUGUGCACUUAAGUCUUGAAGACCAUAUGUGUGACCUUCCAUGAAAUAUUCCCCAUAGUGUAAUAGCAUGACUGAUGAAGGAAUAAUGUAAUACUGCAAAACCACACCCAAAUGGAGAAUUGUUUCUAUCCAUGUUGUUCUGCCAGUUCUAGCAACUGUCUCUGGGGCUGACUGCUUCUGCUAAGACCUCAGGCAAGCUUUCAUCAUUCCUUCUUGGAAUCAGCCCUCGACAAGUUUGGAUGUUUUUCCUAAAAAUUGAUUUAUUUGAGAAUUCCUGAUGUGCCAACAGGAAUUUCCCAUUAAAACUGUCAUGGCAUACCACGCUAUCCAGUUCCUGGCCUGAAAAAUACACAGAGAAAUACAGAAGAGAGAAUUUGAUCAAGAAAUCAUCUCUCUCUAAAAAAUGGAGUUAGCCCCAGGGGGAUCAAGAGAGUUUUCAUAUAGUAAGGCAAAAGCCAUUGAUUGAAAAUAGUGCUAGUUCGAGUCAUGAAUGCAAGCCCGUAGAUAAUUACCCAUGUCUAGUUAAACAUCACCCAAAACUGGAACAAAACAUGGACCAAAAUGUUUGUGAGUCUUGCUUCUUAGUGGUUUGGCCAUUGUGCUGGAAUUGUUGUUCAUGUCUUUGCACCUCGUUUUGGUUCACAAAUGUUGAGAGUUUUUCCUAUCUUUUUUUUUUUUUUUUUUCCCCUGUGUCUUUCUGGGUUUUGUGAUGCCAGCUGGAAGAAGAUAUGCUGGAAUCCUGUUCCCCACCCCUGCAGCGAACAGUCCCCAGGCAAGACACAGGGUAUAGGGAUAGUACUACUGACCUCAGUCUUUCUGUCCCGAUACAAAUGUUUAGGUGACAGGCAUCAUCCAUCAGUAAGUGCAGACUUACUGACGCAGAUAGUGCUGCUUAGCAGAAAGAAAAUCUAAUGCUUUUGUUACAUAGCCAUCUGAUGCUAGUAUUAGUACUGGCUUGCAAAUGGGUUGAAUCCGGUACAGCUUAUUGUGCAGCCACAGUGCUGGCCCCAGAGAGGCAGGCAGAAUGAGCAGGGGCAGGGUGGGACCUCCUCUUCUGACAGCCACAGAGAUCUUAUGCUAGAGUUAGGUGAGUUGUUACCUAACUGGGAUGGCAGCAUACAUUCAGGAUUGUAUGACAGUUUUUCCAUUCUCUAGGAGAAGGAAGGUGCUGUAGUAUCAAGUAUAAAGAUGCUAAACUUCCACCUGGCUUAGAGGAGGAAGGAAUUGGUUUGUUUAGAUAACGUGUAUUACUAUUCUGAUAAAUUGUUACUUUAGACUCUGGGAUCUUUCUUGGCAGCAUCAAGCCCUCUGCUCUUUUGGUACAGUUGAAAGUACAUUGACUUGCCCUAAGUAGCCUCUGGAGUUCAUGCUGGGUUUAAGAAUUUGGGCAGCAGAUAGCAGAGAUGUACUCGAUUGAACUCAAAAGCGGUACCACACCAGGAAACAUAUAUUCAGAAUUGCACUUUCAGUGCUGUUCUUUAAUGCUGUGCCACAAGGUUUGAGGUGAAUGCUGCUACAAUUGGUGCAGGCCUAAUAGCCAAACUGCGGCUACUGCUGGAAUUUACAGUAGCCCCCAAACAACCUUGUUCCUACACUAGGUAAGAAAUGUUCAUUCCUCUUUCCCAGGGCUGCUGUUGGAGAGGCUCUUUCCUUUGCCAUCAACCUGUGCACAUCGGAUACUGAACAUUAUGGUCUGUUGCCAAAGACAAAAAGAGCCAAAGGGGAGAGCCCAGGUGAAAUGCUUUGCUGCUCUGCAGGGGCCUGUUCCAAUGCUGGGAUGGUCAGCUGAGAGACGAUAACUUAUCUUCCAUGGGAAUUGCAUGGGGGUCCACACCAAGGGUAGGCAACCCUAUGCUGUGUGACAGCAGGGCACAACUGAAGCCUGAGAAGGGACCUAGCCCUCGGAAAAGCAGCGUCUGUCCUAUACUCCUGAUAGAUCCGUGCACGUCCUCAGUGCUGAACUCAGUGAAGUCCUACAUGCAGGCAUAACAACUCUGCAGCAGCUUGGGGUUUCCUAUAUCUAAUACCAUGCAUGUGUUACAUUAGUAGUACUUUAGCUUUGUAGUUAGAAAAUACCAAGUAGAGAUGAUGCGUUCUUACCCAUGCAGCCAAUAUGGCAGAGAAUCAGGGCACGCAUAGACAAGUUUAGGCUCAGGAUGGGCUGCUGCGGAGUUCAUCCUUUGCUUUGGCUGAAAGCAUGAGAAAUUCCUGCCCAGCCAGCACAGGGCAAUCAGAGGCACUCUCCACUUUGUACUUCGUGUUUCCUUCUUUUCGAAAGCUUUCGAAUCAGUGACUGUUCAAGUGAACAGCUGUCCUGGAAGUUCAGCCAUUCAAAAAGGAGGCUUUUCUGCUGCGUGUGGUCACAGCACAAGGACAAUUAAAUUUCUCUGUUACCUUCUUUAUUUCUGUGUCCAUACAAAUGUGGAAAAGACCCAGACAAUUUAAAACUACUCAAUUCUCUACCCCCCCCAAAAAAAAAAUAAAAUGCUGGUUUUAUUUAAUGGGUAAAGAUAAACACAGUAUCUUGAUGGUGUCGUUGCAGAGAUUCAGAAAUUACUGAGGACAGAAUUUCUUGUUGCUGGGAAUUCUUACACUUUACUUUUAUCUAUGGCCUUCAAAAUAAAACGUCACAAUUUCUGAAAUCUAUUCACUGCUAAGUUCCGUAUUUACAAGGGUUUAAAAGUACCCAGCAGACUUUUGGCUUUGUACAGAUGCUCAGCACUGGUGUGACGUUCCAGUGGCUCAGUGAUGUACCCUUAAGUAUGUAUGAAACUCAACACUGGAGUGUUUGACCUCCGCAGUGCUCUCUGGGUAUCCAGGACUAGUUGUGAAAUGGCAGGAUUAUUCAGGACAGCAGUUUCUUGUUGUUGUUGUUGAAGUUGUUACUUGUGGGAAGCUAAGUUUGUACAUUUUAGAGAUGAAGUAUGACUGAACAAUAAUUGGCAGUCUUAUCUACUUUAAAAUUUCCUCUCUCUUGAGCUUCUGGAUGAAGUCAAUCCAAUGAAAAUAAUUUCCCCUUAACAAUAACUGCCCACUUCCAUUUGCUCAUGAAAAGAAGAAAUUUUAAGUAAAUGGGACUAUACAUAAUGCUGCAUUCAUGAACCGAUGUCAUAACCUCAUGACUUAACUGAAGCCAGAGCCCAAGCAAGUAAUGACUUUUUCAAAGCUGCCAAAUCGAAGCCUUGGGGUUGGGGAAUGAAGGGUAUCAGCAUAGGUCAAACUGAAAUAGCUUUUAUUCAGCAUUUUCAGUUAAAUGAAUAAACAGAAUUGCUACGGUCAAUCCAAAACUGAACACAAAACAUGUCUGUAGAAGGUAAUUUACAUUUUUUUCUUUUGGGAUUAAGUUCCAUUUUUAAAGAAUGAUGUAUUGAAAUGAAAAAUUUGAAAAAAAAAAAAUCUGUCUUGUAUUAUGUUUUGGCAUGUGAGAAAUUAACUGUUUGGGCUUGGGCGUGCAUUUUUUUUGGUUGGGGUUUUGGGGGUUGCGGGUUUUUUUAAGUUCAUACUUUAAAAAAAUCCCCUCCAUUAGGUUCAGUGAACGUCCAUUAAGGACAUUCAGUGAAUUCAGCUGCCCUUGGGCAGGUUUGGCUCUGACCUGCAGUGUCAUGCAGUGACCCCAUUUCUAGCAUCUGGGUUUGUCCAUCUGGGUUUCAUUUGUGUCGUCUUGUGGCAGUGGGAAAACUGGUUCAUUACAUGGAGUUGGCUAAAGAUAAUCAAGAUACUUUCUGCAGCAGUGCCAGCCACCGUCUUUAAAAGCACUUAACUCUUAACUUGUUUACCAUGGUUAUUUAUGACCUUCCAGCCAUGUGCUGUCCAAUACUUCCUUUUCUUUUUACACCGGCCGUCAGACUCGCUUCCGUCCCCUUUCUGUUUCUCAUUCCAUUGCAAGCCACAAGGCGAGUCUCCCUUGUUUCUCACCGAGCUCACGCUCAGUCUAUGUUACACGUGGCAUACAGGGUGGCUAACCUACGACUUGAAGUAACUUUUAACACAGAUUCAUUAAAGAAUGUGUUGACACCCCAGCUACUCAAGUACGUGGCAUAGCGAAUGCCCAGCCAGGGCAGGAAUCAGAGCUCCCUGCUAUGCUGUGCUUCACAUGUGACACUCACUGUUUCUCUCUGUACUGGUUUUCUUUUAUUUGGUUUUGAAAACGAGAAUAUGUUCAGUUUGUUGCUGUGUCAAUAUUAAGUAUAUAUUUAUUGUUUUUCAGACAUACAUACAUAUAUAUAAAUGCUAUAUAUAUAAUGUCAACGCAUGGACAUAUGUACAGUAGAUAUUUUAAAGAGCUAUUUAUCAAGAAAAGUAAGUGUUAUAAGUAAACAGAGUUUAUAUUUUAUAUAUUAUGUAGAUAGCAAAAAAAAAAAAAAGUGGUUAAAUUAUAGUAGGACUUUUCGGGGUGGGAGGUGGGGUUUGAGAAACAGGGCAAGGGCUGGUUCUAGCAUUUUAAAUAGCCAAACUACUUUGUACGGAAGCUGCCUGCUGUGCCUCUCGGCUGCAAUAUCUGUUUGUUUCUUCUUCUGGAAGAUGAUGUGCAUUGUUACUUUUACAUUGCUUGGGGAAUGUAGUUAGUUUAUUCUCAGCCAACUGGUAUGUGCUGCUUAAAACAUGGUUUCCUGCUGUUCUGCAUAUUUGCAUUGAUGGAAUAAAAGGAUCUUAACUGGCAAAUAAAGAUGUAAAAGGAUGUGA